AGGUACUUAUAGCAUGCCGCAUAUUGCGGGUACGGCACUAGACGCGCACGAAUUCCCCGCAGUCGCGUCAUGUUAUGAAUACCAAAAAAUGACUGUACAACGAGUGCUAUACUCCUCAAAUAACCACUUGUAAUUGAAACCUAUUCCCUCUAUCGGUUCCAAGGACAAUGGCUGAACAGCCAGACUACGAUUCGAUAAUUUGGCCCGUCCAACUCACGAGCAGAGUCCAUCGUAAAAGCAACCCGAUCCUGAAUCCUAGCAACACUGCUCUUUCAGCUGCAGGCAAGACAGUCCUAAUCACUGGGGCCACAGGUGGCAUUGGUCGAGCGAUUGCUGAAGCAUGGAUGACUGCUGGUGCUAAGGCCAUCGUCAUAACCGGAAGGAACGAGGAGAGAUUGCUAGAGGUUGUCGGGAAGUUGGACGCCAUAGCCCAAGAUGAGACGACUGUACAUUCCUUCGGGUCCAUCGAUAUCACGAAGGAAGAAGAUGUUGCAGCGUUGUGGAAGAAAGCAGGAGAAGCAGCGGGCCGAAUUGAUAUUCUCAUCAAUAACGCCGGAUCCCUGACGCAAGCUAUGGUCGGCAAGGGUGAGCCAGGAAAAUGGUGGCAGGAUUUUGAAGUGAACGUCAAAGGUGCAUAUCUCAACGUACACCAGUUCCUCGCCCAAGCGCCGGACGGGAAAGGCACCGUAAUUACAGUCUCCACUGGAACGUUAGGCGACAUCUAUCCCGACUUCUCCUCCUACAUCCCCAGUAAACUCGCGCAAACCAAGUUCAUGGAGUUCCUUCACCAUGAACAGCCUGGCAUCCGCACAUUCAGCCUCUUCCCCGGCCUCGUUGCAACAGACAUGCCGCCGAAGCAGUAUCUGGACUUUGCCGUUGAUGACCCAAUGCUAACAGGAGGCUUGACCCUCUUCCUAUCUACAGAGAGAGCAGAGUGGUUGCGAGGCAGCAUGGUGAGUGUGAACUGGGAUUACGAGGAGAUGGAGAUACACAAGGAAGAGAUUCUGGAGAAGAGGUUGACGAAGUUGGCUUUUUGUAAUGCGAAGUUUGGGAAAGGAGGUCAUCCUUGGGUGACGUGACUGAGGUUGAACAGCUCUAACAUCCAGAAACUUCAAGUCGCGUUACCAAAUGACAUACGUACUAAGAACUGCGACUGUGCGACUGCUUGUAUUUCCAUUACACGCCCACCCAGCAAUCGUCUGGCACAACAUUUGACCCUUGCCGACCACAAUCC